UUGAAACUUAAAAAACAUCUAUUAUCUAGUAAAGUUCAUAAUUAUGAAUUUAGAAAUAUUAAAAAAGAUUAAAAAUAGAAAUCAGUUGCACACUAACUAAACUUUCUUGAUGUAUUUGACUUAAUAUUAUUAUUCAGUAAAUAGUACCAAAAUACAAAAAUAAAUAUGGGUUUCGAUGAUGGGCGUAUGGUUUUAGAAAGCCCUAACGGAGCAUAUUACUCGGGCCAAACAGUUCGAGGAAAUCUCACAUUUCAACAAAACAAAGUAAAGUCAUUUCGAGGUAUAUAUGUGAAAUUACUUGGCUUCUGCAAAGUUCACUGGACAACAACAGAAUCACGCAGAGUUAAUGGCAAAACUACAACUUACAGGAAAACUCAUGAAUCAUACGAGGAAUAUGUAAACAUGAAAGUUUAUUUAGUUGGCGGUGAAUCGGGAGACCAUCAAAUACAACCGGGUCAUUAUGAUUAUCCAUUUACUUUCAAUAUUCCUGCUGGAUGUCCGGCAUCUUUUGAGGGCAGCUACGGUCACAUAAGAUAUGAGAUUAAAGCAGUUGUAGAUAGAGCAUUUAAAUUUGACCAAGAAAAGAAGAUUGCUGUACGAGUAAUAGCUCCCAUGGAUCUCAACAGUGAUCCAUAUUGUAGGGAACCAAUUGAAAUGGAAUUCAAUGCUUCAUAUUGCUGCUGCUGUUUUAGUUCAGGUUCAUGUGAUACUGUCGUCAAUGCUCCCAUGUCUGGCUACUGUCCUGGGCAAACAAUUCCAAUUGAAAUUUCAUGCAAAAAUAAGGGCAAUGUAGAAAUUAGCCAAAUUAUCAUACGCAUUGUUAAGGAAGUAGUCUUUAUUGCAACACAUCAUUCGGGAAGAAGGACACAGAAUGAUGUCAUAGCUGAGAUAAAAAAAGGGUCUGUACCUGGUGACACCACUCGUAACUGGACAUUAGAUAUGGAAGUACCUGCUUUAGACAUUUACAAUGUGUCUGCAUGCAGAUACAUUGGUAUAGAUUACAAAUUAGAAGUCACCAUUUCUCCUAGCGGAUGUCACAAUAACUCGGAAGAAUCGCGGAAAAUAAUUAUUGGGACUACUCCCUUAGUAGGUUUCCAGGACAAUGUACACAAUCCACUGCAGGACCAAAUGCCUCGACCGAUUGCAGCAGUGACCCAACAACCCUUGUCAUCUUAUCCUGCUGCCAGUCCUUAUCCAUACCCUGGAAGUCCUCCCUCACAAAUAAAUGCGCCGUAUCCGAACACUCCUCAUCAACAUCUUCCUUAUCCUGUCACGUCUCCAUACCCCAGACCGAAUCUGCCGUAUCCUACAAAUGUAACGCAAUCACCUUAUCCAGCUGAAAACAUACCUUACCCUAUCGGAAAUCCGAGCCACAACGCUCCAUACCCUGAUAACCCCCCUCCAUACCCUGGAAACAAGUCGCCCUACCCCGCUGCCCUUCAAAAUGUGCCAUAUACACCAAAGCAAAUGGGUUCCACUCCAGAAACAGGAUCGAAUGCGCCCGUUAAGACCUUAUUAAAGACUGGUAACAUCGGUUUCACUGUCCAAGGCAACAUGCCUUAUCAGUCGCCUGGUGUCGGACCAUCUCUUCCUGUAUCUCCUGUUCCUGGAAACCCAUACUCAGCGGCAAGUGCACCAGUGCUUGAUUCGCCCGAUACUGAGAAAAAGAAAGAAAAUGAAUGAAAUUUGAAAAAAAAACCACAUUCGUUUAUAUACAGGAGAUCGAUCUAAAGUGCAAAAAAUAUAUAUUUUUUGGUGCUAAAUUAAAAAUAUUAUUAUAUAAAUUUACCCACCAUAAUUUUAGAAUAAUGUGGCGAUUUAAAAAUAUGUGAAUUAUGUCAAGUAUUUUUAUAUUAACUUAUAAGCAUUUUUGUGGGCUUACAAUUUGUUUUCGUAUUAAUAUCUAAUUUUACUACUAACUUUUUAAUGUAAUUAAUAAUAAGUACUUAACAUAAAUUUAAUCGAAGGCAAACAUUCUUAAUGAUAUUUUAAAUCUGUUUACACUUUUAUUAUUUUGUAAUAGUAUUGCAUGCGGUUUUUUUUUUAUUUUAUAAAUACUCAAAAAAUGACAAUUUUGGAUGACCUCAUCGUUGUCGCGUAAUUCUGAUAUGUAUAUAGAUUUACUAAAUUUACACAUUGGUAAGAUUUUCUUCCGAUUGAGUGGAAUAUAUCAAUCAGGAUAAUUUUAAAUGUUGUCAUGUAACAACUGUUAGGGUUUGAAAUAUUUGUGAUAUUAAAAUUAUUAUAAAUUGAAAUCCAGCCUUAUAUAUACAUUUUAUAGUAACACAAUAUUUUUUGAUCAUUUUUAAUUAUGUGAAUGUAGAUGUAAUGACACUGUUAUAAGAUGUUAAUUUUAUAUUCAAUGUUACUCUUUACUGCCAUUUUUAUAAAACUUAACACUGCAAAAGUACUUGUGAUACGUACUGUAUAGGUAGUGCUAAUUUAUCCAAAGUUUGUAAUAAAAAUAAGAAUUGUUUCACCUUAAAGCCGUUAUGUCACACCGACUUUGUACAAAUUAGCACUAGUUGCAUAUAUCGAUAGCUAGUCUUAGUCGCAAUAUAUAAGUAAUUAUUCAUAAAUGAGAUUUCAUUAUUGUUUUAAUGUAUACAUGCUUAUGAUUCAUACAAAUGUUAUUUAAAAACAAGACUUAUUAUUUGUUCCAAAUUCUGUUAGGAUAUGUCAGUAAAAAACCGUAUCUUGAAAAUGAAUAUGAAGCGUCAGGAAAACUACGAUGGAUUUAAUAAAAUAUAAAGUCAAUUUAGUUUUUAAUAAAUUUUGUUCCAAAUAUUUUAAAAUGAAAUGAGAUACGAAUUAUGAAUGAGGACAGGGUAUCUGAAAUAAUGCAUAGAAACUACAAAGCAAAGGUAAAAUGAAGGAUUUUCUUUUGAUUUGGUAUUUAUUAAAAAGCACAAAAUGACAAUAAUCAAAAUACAUUUUCAUCUAAGUCUUAUAUUACAUUUUAAUUUUUUUUGCAAACGUUUCAGACAAAAAUGUUUAACAUAAGGUUUCCUGAGCACAAUAUAUAUUUCUGGUAAGGUUGGAAUUUAUAACUUUAAAUUAAAACAAUUCAAAGACAAUUAACUUCUAUAGCGUUGCUAACGGUAUUUAGCCACUGACGGCAUACGGCGCUCCAAAUGGUUCUAUCCUAACAGAAUUAGAAAUAAUGUUUACCAUAAUUAAUUGAUAUAUUACUACUAUGUAAAGUCAGACAAUUUUUUUAUAAAGCAUUUAUACUUUUACAAUUUUAUAAGAUAUUAUUAAGAAAUGUUACAAUAAUUAUAACCACAUAUUUUUUGUUUCAUAUUUUGUAGUUACUUAGUUUUAUGAACAAUUUAAUAGUGUUUAUCAAGUAACUGGUUAAUAUUUGAUCACAAUAUUGACUGAUAGAAAUUACAUCAUGACCAAUCAAAAUAAAAUGUAUCAUGUAUGUUAUCUAAAAU